UUCCAUGAUUGUUGUCGGAAAUGCACGAUUCGCGAGUAGCGGUUCAGCGGAGCGAGAAUGCAAUGAAAUAAAACACUGUUGGCGGUAGCAGCGGCUCAUUAUAACGCACAUUUGGUGAUCGAUUGGCGUUAUCGAUCGAUUAUCAGCGCGAAAGAAUUGUGUCUGUCGCGCUAGCACCACGGCAGCGCUCGGGCCGAAGAGGAUGGCUCUUGCGCCGAUGACGACCACCGACGCACCCUCGUCGCUCGGAUAUCAAGACAGAGGUGCCGGUGACAGCUCUGCAUCGGAUAUUUUAUAUGCAUCGCUGUGGAAUUGCGAGCAUUACUCACUUGACGGCGUUCAUACGUCAGGCUCAAGAGCCAGGGCCGCCUCUAGGUGUCUUUCGUCCGCUAGGACGCGACCUUGCGGAUUCUCGCCGAUUUCGCGAUCACGCCACCGUGAACGUCGAGGAUUUAGCAAUGCGCUUUCGAGAUUCGACACAGAUCCAGCCGGUCGAGGACGACACGCGGCAUUAAUUCAAAUGAAUCGGACGAGGGAACAAUUUUGCGAGCGCUCGGCGCGAUUCACCGGCACUCGCCUGCGCUGGCGAGGCACCGAAUAAUCGCGAGGAGCGUCCACGCGAGUAAAAAACGCCGUGAUGCCCGACCGACAGCUCGCCACGAGCGACUCAGCCAUACGAAUAGCUCGGAAUUCACCGUCGUAAAUAAUGACACUUAGGUGGACGGCCCUGUCUAAAAUAGGCUCCGACUGUAGAACGCUGGGACCGUGCGUCGUAGUGAUUACUUUAUCAACGAAUUGUCACAUUUAACAGCGCCUCGUCGAGUUACGCGCGGCAGUGAUUCGACGACGCUCCCUGUUUACGCUCAGUUGUCAUCCGUUCGACAUCGUCGCGAUCGCCGGCACUCUUGUUUUGCGACUGUACGCUGCAAAUUUCUUCGCGUUCUUCAUUAAAAUAAAACAAAUCGGCCGACAGUUCGAAAAUGUUUGUCUUUGCGCGACCGUUCGCAGUUCUUUACGUAUCGUUCUGCGCGAGGGAAGAAACGUGUUUGGGUGACGUCGGAUCGACGACUGUUUAAUGUGACGAGGAAAAAUUUCUCAAGGGAGAAGAACGUGUCGCGGACCGUCGAAAGCUGCGUGACCGAGCAUUCGGAUGGAUCGCCCAGUGAAAGGAGUGCACAAUAGAGCUUGCGAUCGUACAGUUUCGUGAGCAGCCCCCUUAGAAGUUGUUGACGCGUCAACUGACGAAGCGCAAGAAUCAUUCGCACCGUGGGAAGCCUCGUGGCGAGCUUCGAGGCCGCAAUUAUUCCAGCAACAACGACGCUUUUUGCACCGUUCGACGUGGAUAGCGCGCAGUUGGCCGAGAAUCGAGACCGCGGUUGACGAGCAGGAACAAUGUACCGUAGAAUCGUGAGGUAUAUGAAGUCGAAAAGGAUCAUCAUCCGCCGACGCAGGAACAAGUACUCCUUAGGCAGGAAGAUGAGCACGAUAAUUAUGACGCGUCGUCCUUUCGUCAACAUGUCACCGUUGAUGAAGCUGGAUUAAACUUUUAUAUAAGACGGCACUUAUCGCAGGCACGGUCCCGUGAAGAGAUUCGACACGAGAAUCUUAACUCGUUUCGUCCCGGAAGUCGAUCUCGUAUCGGGAUAAUUGCCGCGUUCCUCGCGCGACGGAGAAAAAGUGAACGGACGGAGCCGCGGACGAUAAGCCGAUCGGCCGAAGAGGGAUAAAGUAAGGGCGCGCGGUGCACGACGACUCCCGCGGGGCCUCUCUCGGGCAACCGCGAGGCGCGAACGUCAUCGGGUGCCGCUGACCUUGACCCGAAAACUCCUGCGGGGCGGAAUCGGAAGAGGCUCGACGCCGACGUCGCGAAGCAUUAUAGUCGCGCGCGUCAUCGUGCCGAAUCGUCGCCGCGGGAACGCGGCGAUUUGGCGCGAGCGUCGGCGACGUUGCCCCCUUUGAGGGGGCACCGCGUGCGGUUUAGUAUCUAGGUGGAUGUACACGAAGACGGAUCAGCGGCACUCUCGCGCACGCAGAAACGGCGCCGUAGCUCGAUCGCACGGCUAGAAGAGAACGAGCGGUGCCGCGACUAGAAGAGAACGAGCGGAUUCGGGGUGGAGCGGAGCGGAGGCGGAGUGACGCUGCUGCAGGCGGUGAAUGACGGCGAAGGAAGGAGACGAACAGCCGUAAUGCUUGCGACAGUGCAUUAGCCGGGGAGUCGCGCGAAAACCGCCGAUUUCUCUCUCGCGUGUCUGAAACCCGCGCGCUGAAUCGGGCUGCGUGCCGAGCGAUUCGGCUUGAUGAUCCCGGAUCGAUCGCGCGAUUCGAAUGAUCCGGAGACGCCUGUAACGCCAAUCGUUUUCGCGCGCGUGUAUGUGUGAAGUGAGACACCUCUUUUCGACGUAAGCAUGUCGGAGAUCUCGACGACGACCGGCGGUGCACCCGCGAAGGACCCGCCCGAGAAGAAGCAGGCGUCCGACAAGCCCAGCAGCGCCUUCAAUUGGAAGUCGAUGAACAUCCGGCAGAAAUGGUCCUACCUCACCAGUAACAUCACCGUCGAGCCGAUGGUCGCGUGCUACGUGAUACCGAGCGUGCUCUCGGGAUUCGCCGUGCAGAAUCUCAUUCUGGAGAAGGCGUGCCGGGUGAAUCUCGCCUAUUCGGACGAGGUGUGCUCGGCGCUGACCGCCCGGAACACCACCGGCUACGAAACCGAGGAGACGGCGGUGCAGCAGAUGGUCGCGCGUAUGCAGACGUGGAAAACGCCGCUGCAGAGCGCCCUGCCGACCAUCCUCAUCCUGUUUAUGGGCGCGUGGAGCGAUCGCACGGGCCUGAGAAAGCCGUGCAUGCUGCUGCCGAUCAUCGGCGAGUUUUUCAGCAGCAUCACCUGCAUCGCCUGCACCUACUGGUUUUACGAGCUGCCCAUGGAGGCGGUGGUGCUGGAGGCGGUUUGGCCCGGACUGACCGGCGGCUGGUUCACCAUGUUCAUGGGUAUCUUCAGCUAUAUCGCGGACAUUACGUCCGUGGAGUCGCGGACACUCAGAAUCGGUGCGGCCAAUGUUUUUCUGUCGCUCGGCGUGCCGAUCGGCAUGGCUUUAUCCGGGAUUCUCUACACGACGCUGGGUUUUUACGGUGUCUUCACCAUCUCGAUGGUGUGCUACGUAUUGAGCUUCGUGUACGGCCUAGUGGUGAUCAAGGAGCCGUCGAGGGUGCUGGUGAAACGCGCGCAGAAGAAGAAGAUCCCGCCGAGUAAAGGCAAGUGGUCGGUGUGCGCCUUCAUUAAGAACUUCUUCUCGUUGAGGCACAUCGAAGAGACGUUUCGCGUCGCGUUCAAGAAAGGGGCGAACAAUCGCCAGAAAAGGGUCAUCGUGCUCAUGGUCAUUGUUAUGGUCGUCAUCGGGCCCCUUUACGGCGAAAUGGCGGUUCUGUAUCUUUACAUGCGUUACCGAUACAACUGGAAUGAAGUGACAUUCAGCAUGUUCUCCACGUUCUCCAUGGUAACUAAUCUGAUCGGAACGUCGAUCUCCGUUGGCAUUUUUAGCCACAUUCUCAAGAUAGACGAUGCGAUCGUGGGUAUCAUGAGUUGUAUGAGUAAAAUAUUGUCAAGUUUUGUUUACGCGUUCGCCACUACCACUUGGAUGGUGUACGCAGCCGCUAUUGUGGAGAUUGUGAAUGGCACAUCCUUUAUAGCCAUGCGAUCGAUAGCUUCUAAGCUCGUGCCUACAGACGAACUCGGUAAAGUCAAUUCGCUGUUUGGCGUGUGCGAAUCCCUCAUGCCGCUUGUUUACGGACCGAUGUACAGCGCUAUUUACGCGGCAACGAUGAACACAUUCUCGGGGACGUUCUUUAUCGCCGGAGGAUGUAUGACAAUGCCUGCGGUAUUUGCAUUCUUGUGGUUAUAUACGGAGCACCGGAAGGAUCGUGUGAAGGAAUCCGAACAGAAGGAACCCGAAGCUGUAAUCAAUUACAAAAACGAGGACACAACGGAUAACAGUUUGACGACACCGAACAUUCGGAUCGUGAACGCGCAGAAGGCCGAAAUGAUGAAUGGCAUAGAUAAUACGGCUUUCGAAUCUGAGCAGUUGUGAUCUCAUGUGAUCCUUUUUUUUUUUUUUUUAAUACAAAGACAUACGAUGCAUCAAUAAUACCUCAUCAGAAUGAAAGGACUGAAUGGACACCUUAAAGGCCAGCUCGAGAUAUCCUGGUCACGCUGCUGGUGAACGACCCAGCGAAUAUUUAUCUUACGAGAAAAAUACCAAAGGAACGUUAGAGCGCAGACAUUAGAAAUAUUGAAAUUUGAGAUGUAGGAACAUUUCGGCGAGUCAUUUUCAUGUCAGUUCGAUUUUUAUCCUUUGACCCCCCCGCGAUUCGUUAGGUGUAGAUAAUUUCAAGUAACAAUUGGUCUUAGGUCAGUUUAGUAAUAAUUUGUUAGAUAUAUAUCGAACGGAACGAAAUUUAACAGAGCUUGUUCUGAAACCUUUAAGGCCCAGAAAAAUCGUGCGAGAAUACGUCAAGAUUCGAGACUACUAUUUUCCGAGUUUUCCAACUCCCACGCAACCGUUAACAGUCAGUUAACUUAUUCACGCAGCGUGUAUCAAAGUUCAAUUUAUUCAAGAUGUAAAUAAAAAGACUUCAUCGAUCCUCCCCUUCAUUCAUGAUUCCACUUACUGCAGCUUGUAGAUUUUUUCAAAAAAUCUCAAAAUGUAGAAAUAUUCCGAAUAAAGGAUAACUACCGGCUUA